AUGUCCCCCAUAGCUAUCAUGUCCGAAACAAUUACCGUCCCCUCACCUUCUCCAAAGGUCUUACCCACUGAUAUACCUAGAAGGCCUUCACCAUGGCAUGAUGUAGCUCAUUCAUUGUCCACCACUUCACUGCCGCCCCGUCGACCAUCGGUUUCGCUCUCCUCUUCCACCACAUCCGUAAACGGUACUGCACCAAGCACCCCUACAGAUAUCGGAUCACUCAUCCAAUCCUCGUCUCAAGCCCUCAGAGAAUGGGAUGAACGUUUGUCAAAACCAUCAUCAAACAUCUCGAGACAUCAGCUGAUACCGAGGCAAACCAAAUUAGUAGCAGAAAGGGAUAAAGCUGGAUUUAUAGAAUACAAGUUGAAAUUAAUCGAUCCGACCCCAGAGAGAUUUGAGAGGUUGAUAACUCAGUUGAUGUGGAGAUUGAAGCAGGGUAGGAAUGAAGCCAUAUAUGAGCUGGGUCUGGCUGACGAUGGAACAGUCAUUGGUCUACCUCGAUCCCAGAUGGACGCUUCUCUACGUACACUAGAACUUAUGGCUUCGGAAAUUGGAGCUACCGUGAUCAUCUUAAAGGAAAUUGUCCUCCACUCAUCCCGUAAAUCACAUCCGAUUCCUCAAAAACCCUCGUUGCCUUCCAUCGCGAACGUUGAAUCCAAUGAAGUGGCAAAGAUCAAACAGAGCAAAUGGAAGAAAGGGGUAGGAAGUAGACGUAGACAAAAAUAUAUGCCUAAAGAGCCUGGAAUAUACGGAGGAACGACACCAAAGAAGUUGAUCUUUGACCCCGCCGAUAUAGCUGGAUCAUCCGAUACGAGUGAUGAGGAGGAGAUCAAUCGGCCAGACGUUCCCUCUAGUGAUGACGAUACUUCGUUUCCGUUAUUCUUCGAGCAAGAUAAACCCGAUCAAUCGAUCACCGCUAUCAAACUCUCCACUCCUACUGUGUCGCAAACAUGUUAUCCUCCGUCAACUACCAAAGAUCAUCCUUCUUCCCCUCGUGGGAAAACUUCACCAUCACCACCAUCUAGACCUCGAAGUAGAAAAGACGAGAAGAAGAGACGAAAGUCAGCUGCCAAGUCGGAAGCUAGGCGAUUGGAUCUGUUAAGAGGCGAUGGGACUAAUCCAAUGUGGAAAGAAAUGCACUCCGAUGGUCAGUUCAGCAAUGCAACCGAUAUGGUUCGCAAUGAUACCCCAUGUUCCGAGACGACCUUACCUGCCACCAAGAAUGGUAAUCCUGCAAGCUCACCCCACUUCACCAUUCCUUAUCAACCUGCUCGACCAUCGUCUUUACGUCUUACCUCACCUAUCCAGCAGGAAUCAGAACCAUUCUUAGACGAUCUACUUCAUCUGCCGUUGGAUAGUCUAUCCUUAUCAUUUGCAGAUGUACGAGAACUGUCCGAACCGGAUUCACCUAUCUCAUGCACUGAAACCGAAACUCAUACACCAAUCGAUCAAUUACAUAUAGACAACGAUUCGCAACAAGGAGAGGAAAUGAUAUGUGUAGAAGCGCUGGUGGUGAGAAAAUUACAGCACGAUGAAGAUGGAGAAGAUGAUCAGGACGACGAAGAGGAGAUCUGGGGGUAUGGUGGUGAGGAGGAUGUAUGGGGAUUCGGAGGUGAUGAUUAG